AUGCUGCUCAUCGUCGACUCCACAGGCUAUACCCUCACCUCUCUUGCCGAACUCCAACACGGUCUCUCUGCACAGUUACAGCUUGCAGGCCCAGCAUGCAAUGCAUUCGGGUCGGACAUCGCCAAUCUCACGCUCGAGGUAACAUACCAAUCCCAAUCUACCAUCCGUGUUGCAAUAUUCGACACCGCCGAAGACCAGUUCAGAAUCCCUACUUCAAUUAUUCCGCCUCCUCCCCUUCCAACGAAGUCCCUCAUCAAUGAUUCUGAUCUUGUAUUCAACUACGACCCUUCUCCCUUCGCGUUCUGGAUUACCCGCCGCUCGGACCCCGAUGCGAUGCCCAUCUUCGACACUCGUAUCUCAUCGCUACCGACCACUCCUAUUCCUCCAUUCAAUGCUUCCGAUCCGAGCACUGCAUUCGAUGGGUUCCCGCUCGUGUUCGAAGACCAGUAUCUCCAGAUUACAUCGGCCCUUCCUCUCGGCACCAACAUCUAUGGCUUAGGUGAAGUCAUUGCAAGCAGUGGUUUUCGUCGUGAUAUCGGUACGGGGGGUGGUUCGGGCACGAUUCAGACUCAUUGGAAUCGUGAUGCUGCCGAUCCUAUUGAUGAGAACAUCUACGGUUCUCAUCCCAUUUAUCUGGAACAUCGGUACAACGAGACCACUGGCAAAGCCACUGCGUCCGGUGCCCUUCUCCUCAGGUGUGCCCCCUUCUUCGCAGCCCCAUCCCUGAUCCAAUACCGCAUGCUUGGUGGAACCUUCGACUUCUACUUCUUCAGCGGUCCAAGCGAUGUAGGAUCUGUAAGCGGUUAUCCGUUCAUGCCUCCAGCUUGGGGCUUUGGAUUCCAUUUGUGUCGAUGGGGAUAUCAUGAUGUCAAUGACGACAUUGCGAAUGUGGAAGCAAUGCGUGAGGCAGGCAUUCCUCUUGAAGUCCAAUGGAAUGACAUCGACCUUUACCACGCCUUUCGGGACUUUACAACUGACCCUGUCAGUUUUCCAACAGACGAGGUCAGGUCAUUCAUUGAGAAUCUGACAACGAACCACCAGCAUUAUAUUCCGAUCGUAGAUGCAGGUAUCGCUCUGACGGUGAAUGAUACGGACGUGGGUGAAAUGAGCUUGAAUUCUAGGAAUGUGUUCAUGAAGAAUCCAGAUGGAUCUCUGUAUAUUGGACAGGUGUGGCCUGGGUACACCGCGUUCCCGGACUGGUUCUCGGACAACGCAGUGGAGUGGUGGACAGAAGCGUUGAUGAACUGGAGCACGAAUGGGGGUGUUGAAUUUAGUGGAAUAUGGCUCGACAUGAACGAAGUAAGCUCGUUUUGUGGAUAUUCGUGUGGUACGGGUGCGAACUUUUCAGCACUUGCUCCGUUGAGUGUCGUCAAUAUCACGGUGGUUGGGUAUCCCGAGUGUUAUAACGAGACAGUUUCGGGCCCCAGCGGGAAUAUGACCGUUAAUGGGACGCCAACAUAUUCGUGUUCAGACAUGAGUGGGAGUAGGGCGAGCGUGGUGGUGAGGACUAAUACUAGGACAGUGACGAGUGCGCGAAGGAGCGUUGGCACUGGUAUCGGUGCCGGUGGGGAAACAGGUAUCAAUGUGACUUAUCCGCCCUACGCGAUACACAACAGUUUCGGGGCUCUUUCGGUAAACACCGUUGCCACGAAUGCAACGCACGCAGGUGGUUAUCUCGAACUGGAUGUGCACAACCUCUUUGGAACGAUGGAAGCUCACGCGACGUACUUGGCGUUGCAGAAGGUCAGGCCUGGAAAGAGACCUUUUGUCAUCGGAAGGUCGACGUUUGUAAGUCAAGGAAGGUGGGCAGGGCAUUGGCUCGGUGAUAACUAUAGCAAGUGGGAGUAUAUGUACUUGAAUAUCCAGGGUGUACUCCAGUUCCAAAUAUACCAAAUCCCUAUGGUGGGUGCUGAUACGUGUGGAUUUAGUAUCUUUCCUGCCUUCAUGCCGUUUUAUAGGAAUCAUAAUAUGUAUGCAGCAUUGCCUCAGGAGCCAUAUCGGUGGGAUAGUGUUGCAGAUGCGUCAAAGAUAGCUAUACGGGCACGAUACUCGUUACUGCCCUAUUGGUGGCUCGUUGGGAAGGAUAUCCUCGUGACCCCUGUUCUCGAGCCCGGGCAGACGACUGUCCAAGGUGUGUCAGCAUUUCGCGGUUGUACUGUCAUAUGGCGAGACUGGUGGACGCAUGUACCCGUUUCGGUUUCGCCAACCAACACAUCAAAUCAAUCAGCGACGGUAACUCUCCAAGCUCCCAUCAGCCAUAUCAAUGUCCACAUCCGCGGAGGAUCUAUUUUGCUCUUGUACGAUCAACCGGGGUAUACGAUCUACGAAACGAUGAAUGGACCCACCCUGGCAAGGAGAUUGACCUUUGAAGCGUGCGGGGGCUCACUGAGGGUCAAAACACAAUGGGGGGCAUAUAAUAUCGAACAGAAGGUGGAGACGAUCACCAUCCUCGGAGUUGGGAAUGAACCGGACAGCGUAGUUGUGCAGGGAGAGGUAGUGAAUGGGUGGGUGUACUAA